AUGAGUGGAUUGACUGGAAAGAUAACUCCAGCCUUUGCGGAUUUGACAUCACUUCAAUAUCUGGAUCUAUCUAAUAAUAGCUUCUGUGGAUCAGUGCCUGAUUUUUUUUCUCGAAUGCCAUCCUUGAGAGUCUUAUACUUAAAGGGAAACAAGUUCACUGGAUCACUUCCAGCGGAACUCGAGAAAAGGUUGAACAAUGGAUCACUACUAUUAAGGUUAAAAUUAAUAUCCAAAAUACAAGGUUGUGACGUGAAUCCAGAUCUUCACAAGAAGAACAAGUUUAUUUUUCCAGUAGUAGCAGCAAUUGUUUCAACUUCUGUCCUCUCAACUGCAAUGGCUAUUUUGUGGAGCCUUACAAGAAGAAAACGAGAAGACAGAUGGUGGUUAUCAUUGAUUAAUAUAGCAGGAGCAGCUCUAUUGGUUCCCCUGUUCUGCUACUUAUGGUUUUUGAUAUGGAGAAUGUGUAAGGCAAAAGUGGAAAGCAAAAUGAAUCAAGAUAAGCCAUUGCAUGGUGAUUUUGGCAUCGGACACAAUGUGUCACCUCCCCUGACAGACCGCAGAGGAAAAACACAAGAUAAGGAUCAGUACAUGAAGCAUGAACUAAAUAUAUUUAAUUUUCAAACCAUUGCUACUGCUACAGACAAUUUCUCAACUACAAAUGUGCUUGGAAAGGGUGGUUUUGGUGCAGUUUACAAGGGGAUAUUACCUGAUGGGCAAGAAAUAGCAGUAAAGAGACUGUCGAGAAGUUCUAACCAAGGAAUGGUAGAGUUCCAGAAUGAAGCAAAUCUUAUUGCAAAACUACAGCAUACUAAUCUUGUUAGACUUUUAGGAUGUUCUCUACAAGCAGAAGAAAGGAUUUUAGUCUACGAGUACAUGCCGAACAAAAGCUUGGAUUUCUUCAUUUUUGAUUCUCAUAGAAACAAAUUAUUAAACUGGAAGAAUCAUUUCAACAUAAUUGAAGGAAUUGCUCAAGGACUUAGCUAUCUACACAAGUACUCAAGAUUAAGAGUGAUUCAUAGAGACUUGAAAGCUAGUAACAUUUUACUAGAUGAUCAAAUGAAUCCAAAAAUAUCUGAUUUUGGCAUGGCUAGAAUCUUUGGGAUGAAUGAAUCUGUAGCAAAUACAAAUAGAAUAGUUGGUACAUAUGGCUAUAUGUCUCCAGAGUAUGCCAUGAAUGGUAUUGUCUCAAUAAAAACGGAUGUAUAUAGCUUUGGAGUUUUAGUAUUAGAGAUUGUAAGUGGCAAGAAGAACACCGGUUGCUAUCCCACGGAGCAUCCACUCAAUCUUGUUGGAUAUGCAUGGCAACUGUGGAAUGAAGGUAAAGGCUAUGAGCUGAGAGAUCCAACAAUAGAUGAAUCUUGCUCUCCUGAUGAAGUACUAAGAUGCCUUCAUGUGGGUCUCUUGUGCGUACAAAACCAGGCAAUUGACAGACCCACGAUGCCAGAAGUUGUUUCCAUGCUCACAAAUGAAGCAAUUCUUCUACCUGCACCAAAACAACCAGCAUUUUAUAUCAAUGAUACUACCGAAGAGUUAGAAAUUCCUGGAGAAAAGUUAGAAGAUUGUUCCAUAAAUACUGUAACAAUCUCUGUAAUGGAAGCUAGAUCAUAA